AUGAUUCCUGAAGAAGAGGUUCUGACUAAUGCCAAGGUUGGGGUCGGUGGUACUUGUCUGCAACGAAAGGAAGAAUACAACUGUGCUAAAGAAGAUGUUAUUUACGGGUUCCGCAUUAAGAGAGCAUCUUAUAGAAGUUUUUUCGAGUCUGGAAGUUUCUAUGCACAUGACUUCGCUAUUCUUGAGCUAACUGAUAACGUUCCUAAACAUAUCCAUCAUAUUUGUCUUCCUCACAUGAACAAGAAGAUCGAUAUAAGUGAUUCAUCGAUUAGAAUGAGCUCAUUUGGAUGGGGCAGCGACCGUGUGAAAAUGACUAAAAAGGAAUGCAAAAAAUUCUACCCCAAACAGUUGGAUGACACCUUCUGCACCUUUGAACGUGCCGACGAAUGCAUUUGCGAAGGCGAUAGUGGUGGUGGAGUUACGGCAAAUAUAGACGGCAGAACAUAUCUUGCUGGAGUAUUGUUUCGUGGAACUCCAUGCAAAGAUUUGUAUAGCGGUCGUAAAGAACCAACAGCUCAGUUUGAAGUCGUUAUUGGUGCAAAAUCCGCGCCAAACUAUGAGAGAGCAAGAAGAGAUGCUCAAAAGGUCAGGGGUGUGCAAAGAGAGUCCCGGCUGAAUUUCGAGCAUGCCCCGGUCACACCUCGUCAGAGCCAUUAG